AUGCUCAGAAACUCAUCUCGUAUACUCGCUUCUUCAUCUUCUACCUCUGCUCUCAGGAGAUCAGGAGUGCGGACUUUGAUAGUAGCUAGAAAUGUCGCUAAACCUCAAUUAGCUCGAGCAGCUAUACCUGCUCAACAGCAGAUUGUAUUUAGAUCCGCUUUCCACUCUUCUUCCUUACUCCUUGCCGAAACCGUUAAAGUACCUCAAAUGGCCGAGUCCAUCACUGAAGGUACUUUGAAACAAUGGAACAAACAAGUUGGAGAUUCUGUCAGUCAAGAUGAGGAAAUUGCUACCAUCGAGACUGACAAGAUCGACGUAUCAGUGAACGCUCCUAUGGCCGGUAAGAUUGUCGAAUUGCUCGCAGAGGAAGAUUCGACCGUCACUGUCGGACAAGAUUUAUUCAAGAUCGAACCUGGAGAAGGAGGUGGUGAGGGAUCAGGAGCCGCCAGCGAGAAAGAUAAGUCUCAACCCUCUGGAGCUGCCAAGUCAGAAGCCAAGAAUGCCGAAGAAGGUAAUAAGGAUCAAGCUGCUCCGGAAGCUGCUAAGGAGAAAGGUGCAAGUGAAGAAGUUCACCAGAAACAGGAUCAGAAGGCUCCUGCCCUCGAGAAAUCGGAGGCUGAGAAACCUGCUCCUAAGAAAGAGGAAUCUGCUCCUGCACCUGCACCUAAGAAGGAGGAGAAACCUAAGAAGGACGAAGGAGCGAAACAAGAAAAGGCUUUGGGCAGCAGGAAUGAAACUAGGGUCAAGAUGUCAAGAAUGCGACAAACCAUCUCUACCCGACUCAAGGCCUCUCAAAAUGCCGCUGCUUCUUUGACGACAUUCAACGAGAUCGACAUGUCCUCUUUGAUGGACUUCAGGAAAUUAUACAAAGAUGGAAUCUUGAAAGCCGAUGGUGUCAAAUUAGGUUUCAUGUCUGCUUUCGCUAAAGCUUCAUGUCUCGCCCUCAAAGAGAUCCCAGCUGCCAACGCGUCAAUCGAAGGUGAUUCGAUCGUUUACAGAGAUUAUGUCGAUUUGAGUGUUGCUGUGGCUACACCCAAAGGUCUUGUCACGCCUGUUGUCAGAAAUGCGGAGAGCAUGGGUUUGAUUGAGAUUGAGAAAGCUAUUGCUGAGUUGGGUAAGAAGGCAAGAGACAACAAACUUGGUAUUGAAGAUAUGUCAGGUGGUACUUUCACUAUCUCCAAUGGUGGUGUCUUCGGUUCUCUUUACGGUACACCUAUCAUCAAUCUUCCUCAAGCCGCUGUACUCGGUAUGCACGCCAUCAAGGAGAAGCCAGUAGUCGUCAACGGUCAAAUCGUCAUCAGACCCAUCAUGGUCGUUGCUUUGACUUAUGACCAUAGGUUAUUGGAUGGUAGAGAAGCUGUCACUUUCUUGGUCCGAGUCAAAGAAUACAUCGAAGAUUCACGAAGAAUGUUACUUCCUUCUCCACUCUAA